UUUCUUGCCAUUCUUGGAAAUACAAGUACCUUAUAUACCCCAUCAUCCCGGGCCCAGUAACAGUCGUACAACUCCCCUCGACUUCCAACUCCAAUCAGCCCAAAAGCGCAACCAAGGGCACACUUGAAAACAACGAACCUGGACUUGAAUCGUGGUGGUGGAAAAAGUAACACGGGAUUGGCCAACCAAACAGAACACUAAUCCCUACGACGACUGGAGCAGGCUGAUUGGACUCGGUGGAUUUUUGGAAAACAUGGCUCUUCCCUCUGCCGCAGCAGAGCACUACCUUGAGCAACCCACGUAUGAUGAUCCUCCCGAGGACACUUCACACGAGCAAAGUCAAAACGAACCUCAAGACAAUGACGAUAACCCACCAGGCGGAUUCGAUCCAACUCCGCUCCCCGACGCUCCUCCCGGGUAUACCAUCAAAAUCACCUUCCACAAGGCUAUCAACCUCCCAGUGGCCGAUAUCCAGACAGUAUCCGCCGAUCCAUACAUCCACGCCACACUGACUGCUGAUGUCCCCAAGAGACACCCAGAAGACCCUCCGCUCACGCGCAGGACACGGACUAUACAUCAUAGUCUGGAGCCGGUAUGGGAGGAAGACUGGAUCGUUGCCAAUGUGCCAACUACAGGAUUCGUAUUAAAGUGCCGCCUAUAUGACGAGGACUGGCCAGACCAUGAUGACCGACUGGGCAAUGUCACCAUCAAGGUGGAUCACCUAGACGAGGACUGGCCGGGAUUUGGACUGGAUGGCAAGUUCUUUGAAGUUAGGAAGCGUUCGGGCAGCAAACGGGCAUAUUUCCACAAGGGCAUCGAGGCCCUCAUGAAUGGACUGAAAUGGACAACACCUCAGAUACACAUUAGCGUUAACGUCCUCGGCCUCUCGGAUCCGCCUCAUGCCCAGAUGUGCACUCUGGGUCCUACCUAUUGGGUCAAGCACUUCAGUCCCAUGAUCGGGCGGCUGACAGGCACGACAGCCGGGUCAGACAGCGAUGACAACAGCAAUAUGCCACAAAAAUAUGAUUUCCAAGCCAACGAAAUCCAACUUGCUGGGCCAGUUCCUCCCAAACUAUACCACCGCUAUGUCGAGUUCCGUCCCAUCAUCGGCAAGAUGUUUUCGCAAAAAGGUUUCAGGGGUCACAUCCUGAACAAAGUUCUUCACAAGCAGCACAGGCGAAUCUACAAUUUCGACUCUAGUACCCAAUACGGGAUAUUUGCAGAACGCAGCAGGGAGGCUUCUGUACAGUUUCUCAAGAUGGCGCAUUAUGCGGAAGGAGGUCGCAUCUUCACCUACGUGCUCACCUUGGACGGCUUGCUGCGCUUCACCGAGACGGGCAAGGAAUUCGGUAUUGAUCUACUGAGCAAGCACACCAUGCACUCAGACGUGGCGACCUACAUCGCCUGCUCGGGCGAGUUCUUCAUCAGACGUAUUUCCAAGCGCCACAGGCACCGUCACCCUCACACGGACUCUUCAAGCCACCAUUACAAUGACCAGGAAAGUAGCACCUGCGAGAACGGGUUCGACCACGAGACACACGAUCACCCAAGCGCAUCAUCUGAAACCUCUCGCGACCCGGAGGACUACGAGCUCAUCAUCGACAACGACAGCGGCACCUACCGCCCAGACAAGUGCGUCCUGCCUGACCUGCAGGCGUUCCUGCAGUCGCAGUUCCCGGGUCUGCACAUCCGGGCGCUGGACUGCGGCGACGAGGAGCACCAGAAGGCCAAGAAGGAGCAGCUGGAGAUCAAGAAGAAGGAGGGUGCCAAGGUCCGCAUGGUGCUGAACCGCAGCCCGAGCUCGAGCAGCUUCAGCUCGGAUGACGAGAGUCGCCUGGGAGAUCUGGAUGCGAUGGAUGAUGAUACGCCGAGGUACAAGAGUAAGAAGGAGAGGGUGUUUGAAAUGGUGGAGGAUCCGAGCACGUGGAGGGACUGGGUUCCGGGUGUGAACGGCGGCGGGCACGGGCACGCGGAGCACGCGAAUGGGAAUGGUGAAGGGAGAGCGGAGUGACCAAGACGGUUUAGGGGACUUUCUCGGCUGUUUUUUUUUUUUUUUUUU